AUGGCAGACUUCUUCGGCCUUCCUCGCGAGCUUCGGGAUCGUAUUUACAAAUUCUACUUCGAGGUAGAGGGCGGUUAUGCAUACAACUUCUCCACUGGAAAACUCACUUCUGCAAGCGGCCAACCCAUCGAAUUAGCUCUCAGGUCUGUAAGCAGAUUCUUCCGAGAAGAAACCUGCGGACUAGCACUGGGUCUAAAUACGCUCCACUUUUCAUCUGAAUACAACCAUUCACUUCAAAGGAGAGCUGGCCACUUCAAUGCUCUCCUGGGAAUUCUGGAAGAAUUGAAGACUCGCUACUUGGUGUGGGGAGUCAGUAUGGCAGGUCUCUUUGGCGAUACAACAUAUGCCCAUGUGGAGGCACAGCAUCCUCAAUAUACGUCGCUGAUCCGAAAAACAGAACCAGGAUAUGUUUUCGCAUACCCAUGGAGAGAAUGUUGGAAGGACACGCCUUCAAAGACACGUCAAUUCGUCACAUCUACACUCGCCGCCGUCGCAGCGCAUCCGGAUUUCUUAACAUUGACAGAAAACACAUGGGGGUGGACGCCAAAGGGAAGCGGAUAUGAUGAUCCCAGAGAAGUUAUAGUGUACAAUUACGUGCCAUGGAAGAUACCAACUGAAGAGGAUAUCAUAGCCAUGAAGCAUGUUCUAGGAACUGAGAACAGAGUCGACGACGUGAAAUGGAACGAACUUCGCUAUCUAGAUCGGUUUAAAUACCGAUUCUCGGCAGCAAGUGUAGCAAUAUCCUUCCUGGAGUCCAUGUCUUUAGUUGCACAACUUCAGAUCCGCAAGAUUGUAUUACAUGAAAAGAACAGGGCUGUGGCUUGGUCCCAGUGUCAUGCGCAAGGCUUCAUCCCGUUCUGUCAACGCAACCCAAAGCUACGAAUUGAGCGAAGAGUCGAUCUCUGGAAGGCGAUACUACCAGACGCCUCGGGCCUGUUAAUAGACAACGAAAAUCCGCGAUCUGCAAACGCACGUCCAGACCCGUGCGAUUCUGCGCAGGCCGACUCGAUCACGUCGGGGUUUCAUGGCCAGGGCUGCAUCGCCAGCUGGAUCAUGGAAGUGAUGUACCUACAUUCCCUUGGGAUGCCGCCUCAGUCCUUCCGCAUGGUCAUAGAUGGUGACCUCACUCCGACACAAUCGACACGCAUCUUCGAUGUGGCCAAGCGCGAUGCUGCAUGGCAAAUCGCUUGUGAGGCGUGCUUGUCUGACCGUAGGAUUUGGCAAACCGCUCUAGACUCAUGGGAGAUUAGGCAUUGGGCUGUGUAUAUCAUGGAUGGUUUCCCAGAAGCUUUGCGCGCGAUGACAAAUGGUCAAUCUCCAGUCAGUUGCAACUUUGAAAUUGGCCCGAUGCCGGAUACAGAGUCGCUCGUCAGUCAGGGCCGCACGUGGACGUUGGAAGAGUGGGGUCAUAAUUGGAGAGCUUCUCUACCUGCUAAUAUCGACACCGAGGUGCCCUCGUGCAGCUGGCUCGAUCUCCAGCGUGAGAACACACUGCCGCCGACCACACCCAAUUGA